GUGGCAGGAACAGCUAUCUCUCAUACUUUCCUUGCAUUGGUUUUGUUUGUGCCGUAAAACAAAUAUAAAAUAGAGGACUUUGUUGAAGUACCGAAGGUUCAUUUGAUAAACUGAGACCCUGCGUUGAAAAGAGACAUGGAGGCUGUUUUAGGACUGUUGGUGAUCUCCGCCAGAUUGUCUCAUGGCUUGGAGACUUCCUGUGAUGCUAGAGAAGAUGGAUCUCAGUGUUAUGGAGCUCUGGGAGGAACUGUCUAUCUCCAGCUGGUGACUGAUGCCACGAGAUAUGGUGAACUCUCAUUUCAUAAAGGCUCAACUGGUGCUAGAACAGAUAUAUUCAAAUCGAAGAAGGACAAAUGGGUAAUAAGAGACAUCCCCAUUGGAGACAGAGUACACUUCUUUAUAAACAAUGGGACAUUUAGGUUAAAUAACACAAGAAGGAAUGAUUCUGGUGAAUACCUGCUAGAAACAUUUAGUUCAAACGGGCGAAUGUGGACCAGAGAAAUAAAACUGUUCAUCAAAGCUCCAGUGUCCAGUCCUCAGCUGUCCUCUGAGUGUCUGUCCCAUGGAGAGAUGAGGGUGUCCUGCUACUCUGAGGGGGAUGGUCCCCAGUACAGCUGGACUCUGGAUGGACAGACGCUGAGAGACACUGAGACCUCUCCUGAUAACGAGACAAACACAAUCACUCUGAAGAAAGGCCUGUCAGGAGAUCUCACCUGUAGCGUCAGAAACAACAUCAGCAGUGAUACUGUCAGCAGGAGAAUCUCACACUGUCCAGGGCUGAUAUAUGUUAACUGCACCUCAUCCAACGGGACAAGAGUAUCAGAGUGGGUGAAUGCCACUGGUAAUACCCUGUGUGUUGAGUCUACAACAGUGGCGACUGUGACUGUGGCCCCCACCAGUAAAACCUCCACUGCCACACAGUACCUAGGGAUGGCAGCAGGGUGUCUGGUAGGAGUGGUCCUUGUCUUAGUGAUGGUGUUGGCAGUUUACUGUGUCCAGAAGAAAAAGAAACCUCCUUCAAAGACUCCAGUUUUCUCUCUUUCCACAGUUAAGGGAGACAGCCAGGAUGUGGAAUACGCUGAUGUCAGGAUACUGAGGCAGGAAAUGAGACAGAAGGAGAGGGAGGUGCCGGUGGAGGUGGAAUAUGGACAAGUGAAAGUAGCGGGUGGUCCACAGCAGCAGUUGGAGGUGGAAUAUGGACAGAUUACAAUAUUAGAGGGUACCAGGAGGAAGGUAGACACGCCCGAGGAGGAGUAUUGUAUGUACGCCAGUGUACGGAAAGGACAGUGAGCAAGGUACUGUCUAGAUAGAAUAUGAUAGAAUAGAAGGAGUCUGAGUUGAAUCACUGGUGCGUCGCCCACAUCUCUCAAUUCUCUUGAAGUGUGCACUUGUUCACUUGUAGUCAUGGAUUUGAAAGGGAAGCAGAAACCAAUCCUACACCAAUCCAAUGCAUCGAAAUAUAUGUGGAGAGUAGUGAACAAGUGCACACUUCAGGAGAAAGGAGAGAUUAUUUGGUAUUAACCCCUGAGAGGCCCAGAGUUGACACAGCCGACAGACAUGUUGAAUCAUGUUGUGUUAGUUACAGUUACAGCUGUGUUUUGCAUGUUGAUGCGUGUUAGUGCAUAGUGUCUGUUUCCAAGAAGUGGAGACAUUACUUCUGUUUUUCUUGCCCACGUUUCUUUCUUUCCAAAACUGUUUAACCACUAGGUUGUGUUGCGGUCACUUCUUCUUUUCAGAUGGGUGAUAUGUCACACAAUAUUUACUGUUUAUGCUGCGUGAUUCCAUCUGUCUUGAAUUAUUCUCUAACAUUCAAUACUGUUUAAAGAAUUACUGAGGGAUUUGUAAUAAUUGCAUAACAGUAAUUCAUCAGAUGUCAUAUGCUACUUACUUACUCAUUUCCAAUGCCUUAAGUCAGUUUUUUAAUGAAUGCAGUCCAUCUCCCUAAAUGGAUACAUCUAUAUAUAUGAUAUGCAGGUACUGUGUGCUGUAUAAAGGUAUAAUGAACUCUCUUAGAUAUGAUCAGAAAUGUAUGUACAUACAGUACAUGGCAAUAUCUUUUCACGCCAUCAACAUCUUUGGUUUCGCAGUUUAUAAAGUUGCUAAUGCAUUUCCUGUUUGAGUCACAUGAUUUCCAGUCGAGAAUCCCCUGAGCCAGAGGUAAUCAACAGACUGGCUGAAAAUAUUAUACUGUGGCUUUUUUUGAGACAUCACCAUACUUCUCCCCAGAUGUACUCUAACUAAAGAAGUAUACUGUAUGUCAAAACAAGAAUAGAACACAUCGGAAAGAGGACGUUGAGAAAUAAGGAUACUGAUGUUUCUAACAGUGUUGACAACAUAAUGUGUAAUAUUAUGGAAUAUGCAGAGGAAUAGUUUCUCAUGCUUCAUUGUUGAUGCCGUUGUGUGAUGAAAAAAUUGCAAUUUGAUAAU